AUGCGCGAGCUGCACGCAUUUUCUCCGUCGCCGUCGACCUCCGCGUCGUCCACGCCGUCGGCUGCGGCAACGCCCAAGAGUGGAAAGACGUCUCGGGCGCGCGUGUUACACGUCUCAAAAUCGAAGCCACUCCCGGGUAAACUGUGCAAGGAGACGCACUUUAUCCUGCACUGCCCAGAGUUCACGAAGAUGACAGUCGCUCAACGGAAGGCGAAGGUCAACGCGCAUCAAUUGUGUGGGAACUGCCUGUCCAGCUUCCACCUGGCGCGCGAUUGCACAUCCGCCAAGCGCUGUCAAGUGUGCCACGACGCGCAUCAUACCCUGCUGCAUGCAGAUAGUCCGGUCGGGUCCGACAACCAGCGGGCCGCGGAAGCGCAGACCGCGGCGCACGUGGCGUGGCAACCGCGUGCGAAAUCAGUGAUUUUGACGACUGCGCGAGUGCGACUGCAGGUCGAGUCCGGACGCUCGACCGUCGUGCGUGCCCUUGUCGACCAAGGGUCCGAACUCAACUUUAUCUCGGAAGCCGUGGCACAGCGGCUGCAAGUUACGCGUCGCCCGGUUCGCGUGCGCGUUACCGGGAUGGGCGAGACCGAGACCGCUCUCGCCCGCGCGGCGACAACCGUUGCGCUUCGCUUGCUGACGAAAGAUCCGUACGUGCGGCAACUCGACGCGCUCAUUCUGCCGCGCUUAACGUCUUACAGACCUCCGGUCUGUUUUCCGUCUACUCAGUGGAAGCACAUACAAGGACUCGAGCUCGCCGAUGACUUCACCAGCGCUACGGGGAUCGAAGCGGUUCUAGGCGCGGAAGUCUACGCGAACAUCCUCAUGGGCGACAUCCGCAAGGGCGAGAGGGGAUUGCCAGUGGCGCAGUCAACACAGCUCGGCUGGCUGCUGACGGGCACGGUCGCCGACGCGACCGCAUCGAAGCAGCUGAAUGGCUGCUCGCUUCACUGCCAAAAGGACGAGGUAGCGGAACAACUACGUCGAUUCUGGGAGGUCGAGGAGCUGCCGUCCGCGUCUCCUUGGAGCAAGGAGGAGACGGAAUGCGACGAGCAGUACACGGCCACGCAUCAGCGCGCGGCGGACGGCCGCUACAUCGUUCGGCUGCCAAGACGGGAGGCAACGGACGGCACUAAACUUGGCGACUCGAGAGCGGUAGCGCGAGCUUCCCUGCUACGUCUCGAGCGUCGCCUCGCACAAAGUUCCACCCUGCGAGAGGACUACACGCGGUUCCUCCGCGAUUAUGAGGCACGGGAGCACAUAACACGAGUCGGCGACGACGACGGCAAACGCGCGGCCGGCUACUUCAUGCCGCAUCAUCCCGUGUUCAAACCUACGCCGGACGGAUCCAAGGUCCGCGUGGUUUUCAACGCUUCGCAGCCCACGUCGACGGGAGUCUCCCUUAACGAUGUGCUGCAGGUGGGGCCACGACUCCAGCAGGAGCUGCGGGAGGUGCUGCUGCGUUGGAGGAUGCACAGAGUCGUCUUCGCGGCGGACAUCGAACAGAUGUUCCGCCAAAUCGCUGUACAUCCCGAAGAUCGGCCGCUGCAGCAGAUCCUCUGGCGCGAAGAUCCGGAGCAGCCUAUCGGGUGCUAUCGCCUCAACACGGUGACAUAUGGUACGGCGAGCGCACCGUACUUGGCGAUACGCACCCUGCUGCAGCUGGCGCACGACGAACAAGACCGCUUCCCGGAUGCCGCGGCUCUGCUGCGACGCGGCACCUACGUCGACGACGUGCUAGGUGGAGCGGACUCCCUGAAUGAGGCGAAAGUGUUACAGUCCGACCUAAGACAGCUGCUCAAGGCGGGCGGCUUCAAUCUCAGGAAGUGGGCUUCCAGCCGAGUGGAACUUCUGGAGGGCAUCGCCCACGAGGAUCGAGAGGCGAUGGUGGAACUCGGGAAUCAUGAGCGGGCGACCAUAAUGCUGGGCGUACACUGGGUGCCGGAGUCGGACGUCUUUCGGUUUACCCAUCGUCCUCCGGUGCCACCCAGAAUCACCAAACGCGCCAUUCUCUCGGCAAUCGCGCGCCUCUUUGACCCGCUCGGUUGGUUGGCGCCGAUCGUAGUGGUCGCGAAGAUCUUGUUACAGGAACUCUGGCUACGAGGAGCGGAUUGGGACAAGGACGUCUCACCGGACAUGGAGACUCGGUGGCGGAGGUUCUGCGAGGAACUCCCUGCCGUGGCUGACCUUUCGGUGCCACGAUGGCUGGGCUGGUCUCACCAGGCGGAGCGCGUAGAACUCCACGGAUUCUGCGAUGCGUCGGAGCGGGCAUACGCUGCCGUCGCGUACUUGCGGAUCUUACGCCCGGGUGAACCGGCUACCGUGGGUCUGAUUCUGGCCAAAAGCAAGGUGGCGCCCGCGAAGAGGGUCACCUUGCCGAGACUCGAGCUGUGCGGAGCGCACCUACUGGCUAGACUCUUGGCGUCGGUGCGGGACUGCAUUCCGGUGACCUCAAUCCACGCCUGGACGGACGCGACGAUCGUGCUUGCAUGGCUGCGUGGACACCCCUCGAAGUGGCAAACCUACGUCGCCAACCGCGUCGCGGCCAUUCACGAGGCUAUCCCGGGAGCGGUUUGGCGCCACGUUCCGACGGAGGACAAUCCGGCGGACUGCGCGUCGCGGGGAUUGAUGCCGCGUGACCUAGGGAUGCAUCAAAUCUGGUGGAAUGGCCCGCGUUGGCUGACGCGACCCGUCGAGGAGUGGCCCGCGACUCCCUUGGACACCAGAGCCGAGCCGCCGGAGGAGCGCCGAGUUGUGCACAUCGCGGUCCAGACGGAGGAGGAGGACUUCCUCACCCGGUUCUCCACUUACGGUCGAGCAUUGCGUAGCGUGGCGUACGUGCUACGCUUCCUGCGCAAAUUCCGACCAGUCACCAGGGCUCUCGCGGCCUCGGAGCUCCGACCCGCGAGAGACACCCUGCUGCGCGUCGCGCAGCAGAGGCACUUUCCAGUCGAGCUGUCUCGGCUAAGGAGAGGUGCCGUUAUCAAUCAACGCAGCCCACUGACGCCGCUGCAGCCGCACCUCGACGAGGAUGGGUUGCUGCGCGUCGGUGGUCGGCUGCGACAUUCACGUCAGUUGCAGGAGGAGAACCAUUCAGUUAUACUGCCGAGAUUCGAUCGCCUUACAGAACUCUUGGUGAGGAACGCACAUCUGAGGGUUUACCACGGCGGGGUUCAGAUGAUCUUGGCGAACCUGCGGAGGAACUUCUGGAUACCGGCGGGUCGCAGCCUGGUCCGUGGCAUUCUUCAUCGCUGUGUUACGUGCGUGCGGCAUAGGGCCGCCCCGUUCCAGCCUCUCAUGGCGCCCUUGCCGGCGACCAGGGUGACGCCGGCUCCCCCGUUCUCCACGUGCGGGGUCGACUAUGCUGGUCCUAUCGGCGUGCGGACGACCAAGGGGCGAGGACACCGCAGUUGCAAGGGGUACAUCGCGGUUUUCGUGUGCUUUGUGACCCGCGCGAUGCACCUAGAGCUGGUGAGCGACUAUUCGACCUCGGCCUUCCUUGCGGCGUUCCAUCGCUUCGCCGCCAGACGCGGCGUACCGGCCGUCGUAUACAGUGAUCAGGGCACGACAUUCGUUGGAGCCGAUCGGGAACUGCGGACGGCCCUCAAGGCCGCUGGUGCAGAAGGAGGCCCCAUCGCGGAAGCACUGGCGAACGACGGCACGGAAUGGCGAUUUCAACCGCCGGCGACGACCCACUUUGGCGGGAUCUGGGAAGCCGGGGUCAAAUCGGUCAAACACCACCUCCGCCGAGUCGUCGGGGAACACACCCUAACAUUCGAGGAGCUUGGCACCUUCUUGGCACGAGUCGAGGCGUGUCUCAAUUCGAGGCCUCUACACGCCAUAUCGGACGAUCCGGACGACCUCAGCGCGCUGACUCCGGGACAUUUCCUGAUCGGCAGGCCGCUGGUCAGCGUUCCGGAACCGAGCCUGGAGGGUGUCAACGAGGGACGACUCUCCAGAUGGCAGUUACUCCAGCAGUUGACCGAGCACCUGUGGUCUCGUUGGUCGCGAGACUACUUACAUACCCUCCAGGCGAGGGGAAAAUGGACCAAGGAGACCGAGGCUCCCCGAGUCGGCGAGCUCGUCGUCGUCCGGGACGAGCGACUCCCACCGUCGCGCUGGAUGAUGGCGCGGAUUUUAGCGCUACACCCCGGACCAGACGGUCGCGUGAGAGUUGCACAGGUCCGCACCGCGGAUUCCACCCUCACGAGGCCUCUGGUCAAAUUGGUGAGGCUACCCACCGAGGACGACAAGGGGAAGACACCUUGA